CGCUUUUAACAUGUUUAACCAUAGUGAAAGAUGAAAGGGACGGAGCGAACCCGUACCAGAAAAUAAAAACUAGACGUGUUUGCUAGCUACUGUUUCUCUUUGGUCAGUUAGUGCUAACUGAAAUAACUUGUUUGUUUAUUCUUUUCAGAUCGGUGCAUCAAACUGAAACCAAGCCCGUAUUAAGAAGAUGAGGCAGUGUGUUGCCAUCAUUACUGUACUGAGCUAAGGAAAAGGGAGGAAGAAAAAAAUUCUGCUGUCAGAAAAGUAAAAACUAAACAUUUGCCAGAAAUGUCUGAACUUAUGCUCAACCUGGAGUUUUCCAGUGACGGUGUGCCUGACAGUGAGAAAACAACAUCAACUGGCAAACAAAAACAUGUGAAUUUCCUUAAGAGGCGUAGAUUUUUGGAGCGCAAAGGCCUCCUUCACAAGAAUCAGCAUCAGCACUGGCAAUCGAAGGACGUCGCAAAGGACCCCAGUCGAAGACCUGAUUGGGCAAGAAAAAAACAGGAUAAGCCCUUUGUUCGCAACCCCCCUGCCACGACACACGCUGCCCCAAAGACUGCUGCCUCCCAAAGUACUCAAAAGCCAUCAUUGAGCAAGGAAUGUUCCACUUCUGAUACACACAGAUUUAGCCAAAGCUCUUUGACCAUCCAGUCAAAAGAGAGAAAUCGCACUACUGCCAUACCCAAGACUAACAAAAGUCUGCUUGCUGUACCAAGCCAAAGUCUUAGCAAGCCUAGGCAGGGGACUUCCGAACAAGUCUUCCUUUUCGGAAAUCCACACAAGUACGUGGCCUUAGACUGUGAGAUGGUCGGCACGGGGCCCAAAGGUCGGAACAGUGAGCUAGCCCGCUGCAGCAUCGUCUCGUACGAUGGCGACAUUGUCUACGACAAGUACGUCUCGCCCUCCUUGCCCGUGACUGACUUUCGUACUCGCUGGAGUGGUAUAAAACCAAAGCACCUCCACAAAGCUCCGCCCUUUAAUCAAGCCAGGGUUGAGAUACUGAAGAUCCUGAAGGGGAAGGUAGUCGUGGGCCAUUCCAUCCAAAAUGACUUCAAGGUCCUGCACUACACUCAUCCGCCUGGCCUCACGCGGGACAUCGCUAAAAUUCCGCUGCUCAGCAAGAAGGCCGGUUUCCCAGAGCAGCAAACGGUGUCGCUUAAGAAACUUUCUCAGAUCCUCCUUAAACAGGACAUCCAGGUGGGCAAAAUGGGGCACUCAUCUGUAGAGGAUGCCAAAGCUUCAAUGGAUGUUUAUAAGACUGUGGAGGUAGAGUGGGAACAACAUUUGGCGAUGAAUAUGAAUGGGGGGAGCGGCCAGAGCUGACGGCAUAGAAAUGGCGGAGGAUGGAGUAUUUGAAGGGAAGUCAGAGGAACUGGAGUAUGAAGGACAAUAUCCAUCUAUAAAAUGGGAGACGGUGAAAUAUUGUCAGCAUGUUUUUUUAUGGAAAUUUGGAAUUGCCUUUCCAUCUGGCCCCAGCCAGUUACCCUUUUUACUCUGUAAUUGGUAUGUAACUGUCCUGUUUUAAUGCUGCCAGUCAUGUUCUUAAACGUACAAGUUUUUUUUUAAUGCUUCAUCCUUUUAAAAAGAGGAGUCUCCCAGCCAUAUCUUUUGAGUGAAGCUGAAAUACACAAAUGUUAAAUUUCCCUUGCAGUCAUACUUGAAAUUUGAUUAGAUUUUUUCAGAAACGUAUCUAGGUAUGAAUGAUAUGCCAUAUCUAUCUAUCUAUCUAUCUAUCUAUCUAUCUGUCUGUCGUAUAAAUUGAUCAUUUUUGUCAUUUAUUAACUUAUUUUGUGAAAAUGGUUUGUGCUAAACACUAUUUUCCUCUCAUCUGAGUUAAAGUACACAUCUUUUAAAACAGAUUUAUGAUGUCUAAAAUGCAAUCCAUACCAUAUAUUCGCAAAUAUAUGCAAUAAGAUUUACCCUUAAGCCACCCUUUAAUGUGAGUUGCUGAGAAAAUGUACAAGCAGUCAGAAUUAUUAAAAUGCUGCUGCCGUCUACUUUGCAAAGGUCAGACAAGCAUUUGUUAUGGCUUCUGGACAAAAUUGCAUUAUCAUUUUUUUCUCAGAAUGGAGUAAAUAAGUAUUUAGCUUUAAUUUAUGGGUUGUAGACUAAAAGUUUUAAAUGAAUUUGACCGUAAAUGUAUUUGUAAAUCUAUCAUGCUUUAUUAUUAUUGUUAGGGCCCAUCAAGUCGAAGUGGCCAUAUAGAUAAAAACCAUUCAGAAUGCCUCUUAAGUGAGGCUUUCUAAUUUUGGCUUCUGUUAUCUCCCCUGUACUUUUGGUUAUCCACUAUUAAUUUGUUGACCGUCUUCUCUCAGAUUUUUUUAGAUGUAUACUGGAACGCUGGACCAGACUGAUACAGCAUUUUAAAUCAGUUUCUGAUGAUGUACUGGUGGGUAAAGGGCAUAUUCUCUAAGUUCAUUAGUUUUUUUUUUUAUUUAUAGAAUUCACAGGGUCACCCUUUCAGUCAUGGCUGUUCUCUUUCAGCUUCCAAUUAAGUUGUAAAUGAGAAAUCUGCACCAGGUCAUAUGUUUGCUAUUCAGAUUUAUUAGCGUCAUUUGGUCGUGACACUUUAGUCUUUAUCAGUGUUUCCCAACCCAACCCUCAUAGACCCCCCUACAGUCCCCUGUCUGGCACGAGCUGGACCUGCUGGGGGGGGGGGGCAUGGACCAGGCUCGGAAACUCUGGUCUAAUGAAUUUCUGUGAAUGCUAUCUUAUGGUGUCCAGGUGUAAAGUCGAUGCUUCGGCUGCUGGAAUUUAUUGGCAAUGAAGCGGUGACUGGAUGUACGAAAGCGUCUGGUCACUCCUCAGCCUCGCUUCUGCUGUCACAUCCAAACGACCAAUUUCUCACCUUCUCCAUUCUGACUUACAUUCCUGCUGACUGGAGACUAUGUUGUUUGCAUCUCCUGUCAAUUUCAGCCUGAACCUGGUCAGAAAACCUUUCUGUUUUAUUUUUCCCAUCUGCAUCAGUGGUUGAAGCUUGAGCCUCGUUUUAAGGGCUGUCCACCAAAUCCGGUUGACCUGACACUUUUGUUCUUGGCAUCGUAUCCUGUUUGUCUUUCCACUGUUGUCCUUUAAUCUAUUUCCAGAGUAAUAAAGGGUGUGUUUGUCUAUCCUAACCCAGUCUAUUUAAGUUCACCGGCGUCUACGAUAACAAGCUGCAUUUCCAUCCUGACCACUUUCAGCUUUCUGUUAAUUCUCUGCUACGGAAACAUUGGCAGUCUUAGCCUCAACAAGGUACCAUAUCAUGAGGAAGAUUAUAUAUAUAUAUAUAUAAAGGAAUACAUGAAUAAUGUCCUUGCCUAAGUUGUUUACCUUCUACAAUAAAGAGCUAGUAAGGGCUUGUUUGAGUACAAGCUGGACCAUG